AUGAUCAAUCAAGAACUCUCAGAAGAAAAUAAGCCUCCUAAAUUAUUAUUAACUUGGAGUAAAUGUUCUGAGUUUAGUGAAAUUGAUUUGGAAAAUAAGUAAUCGCCCAAACUCGUAAAAUUAAGAAAAUUGAAUUCAACAAUUGAGAAUAAUGAGCAACUUCAUUAAGUUAUUAAUAGACAAAUAGAUUUAGACGAAAAUAAAGAAGAAAGUUAAAUAUUAGAAAAUACAAAAUGGUAACCAUGUAGCUGUUCAAAAACUAAUUGUUUGAAAAUGUAUUGCUCAUGCUUCCAUAAUGGGUAAACUUGUGUAGAAUAAUGUAAAUGCGAGGAUUGUUAGAAUACUGAUGAAUAUUUAAACUAGAGACACAAUGCAGUUGAAUAUAUUAGAAAAAAAGCACACAGAAAUAAAAAAGUUACAUAGGAGAAGUUAUUUGAAACAAAAGAUGUUUGGGGGUGUAAUUGCAAAAAAACUAGAUGUCAGAAAAGAUAUUGCGAGUGUUUUAUUAGAUAAAAGACAUGUACAGUUGAUUGUAAUUGCAAUCAUUGUGAAAAUGGGAAAGAUGAGGAUUUAUUUAAUGAAAUACGAAGGUAAAAUGAAUAGCCAAAGUAAUUUAAAAAAAAGAGAUCUGAACGAUUGUUUUAUAAUUGA